GACACAUGCUCAGUGGCGCACGUCGUUGUGUUUGAAAUUUCGAGAGUUUCGCGAAAGCGGUGUGAAACGGCAAGGGAGUAGAGAAUGGCGGCGCUGGGUCUAGAGAUACUCGGGGUGACACUUGGUAUACUUGGCUGGAUCGCCAGCAUUAUGGCCUGUGCGCUGCCCAUGUGGAAGGUGACCGCUUUCAUCGGCAGCAACAUUGUGACGGCACAGAACAUGUGGGAGGGCAUCUGGAUGAAUUGUGUUGUACAGAGCACGGGCCAGAUGCAGUGCAAGGUGUACGACUCUAUGCUGGCCCUGCCCCAGGAUAUGCAAGCUGCGCGGGCUCUCUCAGUCAUCGCCAUCGUUUUGAGUGUCCUGGCACUGCUGAUCUCUAUCGUUGGAGCCAAGUGCACCAACUGUGUGGACGAUGAGGGCACCAAAGCCAGAGUGAUGCUGACUUCCGGGGUCACCUUCAUCGUAGCCGCGUUGAUUGAGCUCAUCCCCGUGUCCUGGUCCGCACACGCCAUCGUGACGGACUUCUACAACCCCAUCAUCCCCGAGGCCCAGAAGAGGGAAAUCGGUGCCUCGUUGUACCUCGGCUGGGCUGCCGCAUCCCUCCUGCUCGUUGGCGGGAGCAUCUUGUGCUGCAGCUGCCCCCCGCAAAAAGAGCUGAGAUAUACAGUUCCUAGUCGCAUUGCAUACUCCACCAACAGGUCUGGUGUACCAAGCACAUACGACAAGAGGGACUACGUCUGAAGAAAUACCUCAGCUGUGUUUCCAGCGUUGUGUUUCCCCCUGCUUGUGUUUGCCUGGUAGGAGGAAAGGACAUCUAAUAUCAACAGCAAGAGCUUUCUUCAAGAAGAUGGGAAGUGGUUUCACUGAACUGCCAUUCGGAACUUUUGUGCCAAUGUUUGUGGAGCAAGUGGAGCCACUUGUGGUCACUGAUGCCAUAAGACUGAAGUCUUUUCAUUGCUGGUGUGAACUCAUGCUGGAAGUUCCAUGGAGCUCCUCUGAAUCACUAGAAGGAGACAGUACCAUGUAUCUUAAACGUUUUAGUAAAAAGAAUGAAUAUUUUUCUUAAUAUUCUGAGGAAAACUCUUCUUUAUUGCAAAGUGAGAAGAGAUUCAAGAGCUCAAUGCAAUAUUUUUAAAAGUAAAAAAACAUACCUUUGCAUUAAAAGAAAAAUGACAUGUAAAACUAACUGGCAUUAGUUAUUUACAAACUGAGAAAUUUGACAAUAGAUUGGAUUUUGGAUUUACAAAAAGAAGGCAGCUUUGUAUCUCCAGAUAAACUGGUCAGCUUGUCAUUGUAGGCCUUCUAACUUCAUUAUCUUAGCAAUUUUUCAGAUGUUUAAACAAGGCUGUCAAAUGUACAUAUUUAAACAUUC